AUGCACUAUACGCUGAAAAGGUAUUCAAUGCAGAUACCGGUGGACAGAAAUGGAAAAACAAGAUCUUUAGAAAUUCGAAACGCAUAUCCCAAUGAACAUACAAAUAUAAGAAGCUAUUCUGCAGAUAUCAAAAACUCGUACGCAAUAGAAAGCAGAAGUAGUGAUGAAAACCAUAAAAAUGAUUUAAAAGAAAAAAUAUAUUUCAAACCGUAUACUACGUUGAUACCGAAGAUUAAUUUCAACAUGGACAAAGUUGUCGACAGAAAUCCAAGAAUUUUAGAUUUGCGUGAAAAAUUAAAUGAAAUUUCCAAAAAGCAAGAAAUGAAUGUAGAUAAAAAAACUAAAAGCCUGCUUAAUGACAUUACACAACAGCUGGUUGAAGACAAAGAAGGGGAUGACUCAGGACCAUAUAGUUUAUUAUUUGAUAUUGAUAGCCCUUCUACGUCAAGCAAAGAAAGAAAGGAGCAGUCAAGCAGGGUUGAUUAUGAAGACGCGGAUUUACAUUCCCGUUAUCGUAAUAAAAGUCCCAACUCAAAUAUUGCAGUUGAGCGGCUGCCUAACGUUUUAAAUUUUGAUAAUAAGCCAAUGAAUGAGUUUGAGUACUCGUGUGAAAAAGAAUUUAACCCAAUACCUAAGAAAACUUUUAACACUCAUUCCCGAUCAGAUCUUUGUUUACAAUUAAAGUCGCAUAUACGAAAUAUUGACACGAAUUCAAGUCCGAACGAAAACUCUAUGACAAGAAAUAAUGAAGAAAACUCUUUAGAUGACAGUUUAGGCAUCCUAACACCGGAUCAAAUGGAUGAUAUUUGCUACUUAGAAAAUUCGUUUUCGCCCACCGUAGAGGGAUUGCCUAUAUUUUGUGAAAAUAAUGAAUAUAAAGUUUCUCCAGAUAAUGGUGAUACUCCGUCUACCGAUAAGACUGAAUCUAACUCAGCAGCAUCGACAAUUCAGAACGACUGCUAUGAAAAUACUAUAAAUUUAAGAAAAUCUAGUGUCGUAAAAGAAACUUUUGCCCCAAUCGCAACUAUUGAUGCUAUUGAAAUUACUUCCUGUGAUAAUGAUGUAUUACUGACUUAUUCUAAUAAUUUAUUAAACCAUCCUGAUGGUUGUUCUCCACAAACUAUAUUACGAAAAGAAGAAUAUCUAACACUAGACACAGAAUCGUGUCAAGACAUCUCCGUGUCUGAAGCAUUAGAAGAAGAAUUUUUACCUUCUAUACACGGUAGUAUACUAGAACCAGCGAGUUCUAUGGCCGAUACAACUGUGAACAUGGAAAUACCAUUAGAUGUUAAAAAUGGUAUGCCUCUAAUCACAAACAGGAUAGAACAAACACCAUCACCUGAAGAUUUGCCUUUAGAUAAUUCAGACGUAAAUGGAGAAAUAAGCACCUAUUCUCAGUUUUCUUCAUCAACUCUGCAUGAUUCCCAAACAUAUUCAGACAGCAAAAGCAACGAUUAUACAAAGUCUAUGGAAACGUCAAAGGUAUCGAAUAGUUUUAUAACAAGUAUAACAAGUAUUACGAGCCUAGAUGGGUAUCAGGGUGAUGGUGAAAUGUCAAGACCCGUUAGCAGAAGUGCUGAACAUAAUUUAGGUCCUCGUGAAGAAGUCAUAGAUAUGGAUUGGCAAAACAUUGCGGUGCCUAGAAGAGUUGAUCCUAUGACAGAUUCCGACUUCUUUACAGAGAGUGAUGCUGAUGGGUUCGAUGAGCAAAUGCAAAGGGGUGAUAGACGCGCUCAAGUUAUAGAUGGUGCCUUAUACGGAGGAAAAAAUAAAAAAGCAAAUCAGCCUUUAAUAGUUAAUAGAAGUGAAGAUUCUUGUAUGGAAUCAAGCGGAGUUUAUACAGAUUUUGAAAACCAACGCGCUUCCCCUGUUUUUUUGAAUGCUAUAAAUGAUAUGUCACCAGCUUCUACGAUAUCGUCGCGCUCGGAUUGCAGCCAAAAAAAAUUAGAAGACAUUUAUUAUACACCUUUAAACAAUCAUCUAAAUAACACUUUAGAGGAAAGCGAUCAAAAUAUCGCAUGUUUAUUGAAUGACGAAAAUAUAACACCCAAGAAUACCAGUAAAAGAAAUUCUAUAAAAAGUGACAAAAGUGAAAUUAACACAUGUGAAAAGAAUAAAGAAGAAAAGAGGAGUUUCACUUUAAAGAAGUACAAAAUGCCGAAGCGUGAUGUUCCAAGCAAGCUUAAAACGAUGUUACAAAGUCGAAAAAGUGAGGUCGAUAAUAAUGUUCAAAAUAGUCCUAAAACAGUGAAGAAAACGGAAAGACGAGAGAGCUUUUUGAAAAAGAACGUAAUUGACAGCAAAACUGAUUACAGAGUUAAAUCUUACAAAGAUAUCAAAUCAAAAGUCGAUUGUUCAUUUUCUUUACAACGUUCUCAGACUUCAUGUAGUGUAACCAGAAUCAUGAGUUCCAAAUCUCAAAACCAAAAUGCGAAACCAAAAAGUCGUCACAUGCGAAUGCGGCUGGAGCUGGGGUCGGCGCACGGCAGCGGCAAAAGCAGCCUCCACAGCUCACAGAGCGACAUCAGCGCCACCAGCUCGCCUGCACCCAAACACACCACCGCUCGCUUCCCCCUGCGUAAGUAG